UCUCCGCUCUUGUUCUCUUUGUGCUUGUUGUAAUUCUUCUCAUCGCAUGCUGCCCCUGUUUAGCUUGCGUGCUCCGCAAAAUACCAACUUAUUCGGAUGUUAAACAGUUGCUGUGUUAUUGGACGGAUGGUGCACCGGCGGCCCCAGAGAACAAGACGCCUGCCCUUGAUUAUCAAGUUAUUCCCGAACAGCGAUCGGUGACAGUGGAUGAAGGAAAUGUAUUUCGAUUUAAUGAUGAAAAUGACACUAUUGUGCGGCUGAAGUCUUCGUUCCCUAUCCCGCAAUUGCCAACCGCUAAUAACGAAUCCCCCAACUUAGACAGUGUAGCUGUACAAAUGUCUGAAGACACAACAGCGCCGUCAGGAACUGGAGAAAACAGUCACGUUUGCAUCUCUGUUGAUAAUGAAUCCAAUAACGCUUCUUACUUUGAGGUAACCGUACUGUCGAAUCGAGAAAACACAGUUAUGACAAUAGGUCUUACCAUCAACCCUCAACAAUCAUCCGAGGGUGAGAACGAACACUUUGUAUAUUGUUCUGACGGUUCCACACAUGGCCCUAAUACUAAUUGGGGAGUCAACGAUACGGUCGGUUGCGGAUAUGAUUGCAAUACUGGGUGCGUAUACUUCACAAAGAAUGGGAGGCGCCUCAACAUCGAUUCAAAAGUUCCUAGUCAAGAUACCAGGUUUCCCACAAUAAGGGCUACUGGGCCAUGCAGUGUAAAAGUCAACUUCGGAGUUGACAAGAAUAUGGAGGCUGUCGAAAAGGAGGAUGAAAAUUCUUAG